AUGAGAGCUGCUGCUCUGGCCGUGUACCGGCCGCCGAGGAUUCACCGAGGGCUGCUUUUCCUUUUCCUGGCCGCGACUCUCAGCUGCUGCCUCCAGGGCCUGGGAUCCCACGCCCAGACCCUUCCCCUUCCCCCCAAUGAAGGUGAGACGCUCCGCCGGCGAUUUCUUCCCUCCGUACUCGACAUUCGUCCAGUGCUUCUUCGUCUCCCUCGGUGCUGCUCCUAAGCUCUACAAUUUGCGGGGGGGAUAAGAGAGAAAGAGAGACCGUACAUGCUGUGGGACUAGAAUGAGAAGGUCUACGGAGAGACCGAUGGUAACCAGUCGUUGGAUCUGAUCAAUGCUACGGAGAGCCCGCCUCUGUGAACGGCGUCUUCAGUAGUGCCAAUACUUGAACGAACACUGAGAUGACCUGAUUCAGGUGCGAUGACACCCAAAUCAGAGGCGGCUCUCGGUGGAGAUCCUACUUGCUGCUGAUCUAUUUGCUUGAUCGAUAAGUUUCUCCUUCACCUUCGCCUUCACUCGUCUUACCUCAGAUAGAACACGGACAAGCCUCCCACCAAUAUAUGCGCAAAAGCGUCCCAAUUUUUUUCAGAUUUUUUUCGUCCGAAUGAUAACGCUGAUGUAAACUCCUCGAAAGCGGAAAUCAUAUGCAUUCCGUGUCUUUGCGAUCCUUUGAUGGGAGAUUUUUUUAAUUUAUUUUAGUAACAAAAUUAAAGCGUUGAUCCUCGCAUUAUUCUCUCUCCUUCCCUGCCUCCGGGGCGUUGCGGGGGAGCAGUCAACGCGCUCAGGCAAGCAGCGACGAAGCUGAAGAUCCCCCCGACGCUAUGGAAUUUCAGUGUAAACCCUUGCUUCGAUUGGCUGAAGGAAACCAAAAGCUCCGUCGUCUCCCACAACGUCGUCUGCGACUGCAACGCGACGACCAACGUCUGCCAUGUCGUCAGCAUGUACUGAUCUUCCCCUCCGCCUUCUCGAGUAGCAUUUCAUCGGAUGGUCCGUUCUAACCCUACGCGUCGCUUAUUCGUUUUGGUCCGGGAAAAAUUGUGCACAGAGAGGUCAAGGGGUACAAUUUGACGGGAGUGCUGCCGGAGGAAUUCGGCAACCUCACUUCCCUGUUCUUCAUGUACGUUCGCUGCCCCGAAUUGAAGUGUUUGUUCAUUAUUUCUUCUGUACUUCGAGGAAUUGAACAUCUCCACUCUCAAUUUCUGUAUCCUCUGAAUCUGCGGGACCGAACAGUGACCUGACUCGGAACUACAUCAAUGGGUCCAUACCUGCCGCCGACUGGGCUUCGCUCCCUCUGCGAAACCUGUAAAAUCACCAGCGUCCUCGUUGACGAAAACUCAGCUCCGCUAUUCUGCGGCCCAUGUGGUAGUAGAUGUAACUGAUAUCCGUGUUCUGUACCACUGCAGAUCCCUUCUGGGGAACCGAAUCUCAGGUGCCAUUCCCGAGGAGAUUGGGAACAUUACACCGCUUCGGUCACUGUAGUGCCUCAUAUCCUGUUCCUAGUAGAUAAUUUCUACACAGUCCAGCAUUGCUUCUUGGUGAUGGUUGUUCAUCGACAAACUUUUAUUUGUGUUUGGUGCGUUCUUUGAAGUGUCUUGGAGAACAAUAUGAUACAAGGACCGAUUCCUCGUGGACUUGGAAAGUUGAUCAACAUAGAAAGACUGUAAGUCUCUAGUUUCUCUUCUAUUCUUCUUCAUGAAUCGAAUUGUUCUUCUUUACGCGAAUCUAAGAAAAUGGAUGGAGACUGUUUGGUUGAACGAUUGCAACUUGUGGGAUGGUUAAUGACAGAGCAUGUUCUCUUUUUAGCUUUCUUUCUGCCAACAACUUCACUGGUGAGCUUCCAGAAGCACUUAGUAGGCUGACAAACUUGACAGAUUUGUAUGCCUCCAACUCUUGUAUUUGUGGUGCUCUUAAAUUUGGACGAAGAUGUUCUAGUGGGUAAUAACGGGGGUACAAUGGUGUUCUUGCAGUAGGAUCGACGGCACUGAGAUAUCUGGGAAGAUACCGAGCUGGAUAGGGAACUGGACGAAGCUACGGAGAUUGUUAGUCCCACGGAUGACUGGCUGUCUUUAUUUGCUUGUUUCGAUAUCUGCUUAUGAUUUUGAAAGGAUACUUUGACCGUGUGGCAUUUCCAUGAUAUAUACUUUCGCAAAUGUCGCAGUGACAUGCAAGGCACAUCUAUGGAGGGUCCCUUUCCGCCAGAGUUUUCAUUACUGGAAGGCAUAACUGAGUUGUACGUUUAGCUUUUUUCCGUUUCUCUACUUAAGUACAACUAUCUGGGAUAAUACAUUGUAAGGAUAAGAUAUUUGUUGGCUUUAUUCCGCAGGAGAGUCUCUGACCUGAAAAAGUCAGAUGGUAGCUUCCCUCCCCUUGAGAAAAUGCUAGGCAUGCAACAACUGUAAGCGUACAGUUAGUGUAUGUUUUAGCCCAAUCGAUUAUCCUUUUCAGUUUACGUGACAUAUUUUUGGGGUAAAUACUGCAGGGUUCUCCGGAAUUGCUCGAUAUCUGGGAUGAUCCCUGAUUACAUCGGGAACAUGACUAAACUGAAGACCCUGUACGGUUCCUAA